AUGAUCAAUUUGUCAGGCAUUUUAGUUAGUCUACUUAAGCGAGAGCGAGAACGUACGUUUUGUGGCCAACACAAUCAACAACCUUCUAUUGAACGGCCGAAAGAUCACCAUCUGUCUACACGAAUCCGUACUCCAGAUGAUCUAGCUCAGCCAAAACACCUCGAUCAAAUGGCCAGCGCUGAUCUAAUUGAUACAUUUAAGGAAAGCAUUAAAGUUGGCAACGGUUGUGCUAAAAGUGCCUCUGAGGCCAGGCUAAAUGGUCAUCAGUCUAGUCCUCGAGAGCCAAAUCAAAUGAUAAAAUCAGCUGAAACGGUCACGCUUACUCGAAACGGGCAUGCCACAGUCAAGGAUGAGUCUGCAGCCUCUCUUUGCGAUCUGACGGUAGAGGGUGUAGCCGAUUGGUUGGAGAAACAUGCAAAGCAGAGAAUACGUAAGUUUAACUAG